AUGUUUUCUCUCUUUGAUUCGUCGUUAUUCAUUCUUUUUGUUACUUCUUUUUCUUUCUUUUCUCAUUCUUUCCUUUUAACACUGUUAGUUUUCUUGAUUUUUCUUUCAUUUUCUUCUUUCUUUUCCUAUAUAUCCUUCAUUUUUUUUUACUUUUUCGUUCUUUCUUUGUUUCUUUUUUCUUUGUUUCUUUUUUCUUUGCAUUUGGUCCAUCCUCAUAGAUUUUUCAUAAAUCUUUUUUCUUGCUUUACAUAUUUUAUUUCUUUCUUUCAUUCAUUCUUUCUUUCUUUCUUUUCUUUAAGCGUAUAUUGUUUUCUUGUUUUACUUUUUUCAUUCUUCUCUUUUCAUGUUUCUGCCUUUGUGUUCUUUAAAUUCCUUCCUUUCCAUCUAUUAUUUUCUUUCUUUCUUUCAUUAGUUUUAUUUUUUCUUCUCAUUCGUUCUCUAGUUUUUAAUUCAAAUCGUUUCAUUUUUCUCGCCUAUUUUGUGUUGAAAAUUCAUUCCCUUCCUUCAGUUGUUUCCAUACGUUCAUUCUUUCUUUUUCUUUCUUUCUUUCUUUAUUUAUUUUAUUUAAUUUUUCAUAAAUCUUUUUUCUUGCUUUAUAUAUUUUCUUUCUUUCUUUCAUUCAUUCUUUCUUUCUUUCUUUCUUUCUUUCUUUUCUUUAAGCGUAUAUUGUUUUCUUGUUUUACUUUUUUUCAUUCUUCUCUUUUCAUUUGUUUCCAUACGUUCUUUCUUUCUUUCUUUCUUUUUUCUUUCUUUCUUUUUCUUUCUUUCUUUCUUUCUUUAUUUUAUUUAAUUUUUCUAAUCUUUUUUUUGCUUUUAAAAUAUUUUUUUUCUUUCUUUUCUUUUUUCUUUUCUUUCUUUCUUUUGUUCUUUCUUUCUUUAAAGCGUAUACCGUCUUCUUUGUUUUACAUUUUUUCAUUCUUCUCUUUUCAUGUUUCUGUCUUUGUCUUCUUUAAAUUUCUUCCUUUCCAUCUAUUAUUUUCUUUCUUUCUUUCAUUGUUUCUUUCUUUCAUUGUUUCUUUCUUUUUUCUUCCUUCCUUCCUUUCUUUCUUUCUUUCUUUCUUUUUUCUUUCUUUCUUUAUUUAUUUUAACUGUUUUCUAUUUUUUGCAAUUUUAUUUUUUCUUCUCAUUCACACUCCUAUUUUGUGUUUGAAAUUCAUUCACUUCCAUCAGUUGUUUCCAUUCAUACAUUCGUUCUUUCUUUCUUUCUUUCUUUCUUUCUUUCAAUUCUUUCCUCCUUCCUAUUCACUGAUUCUUAAAUUAUAUAUUCCUGACAUUAUUUGUCUGACUGUAUUUGCAUUUUCUUACUUCAUAUUUCUUUCAUUUUCUUUUUAUUUCCGUUACUCUCAAUUAUUUCUGCUUUUUCUUCGUUUCCUUUUUACAUUUCUCUCACGCAUUUCUUGA